CUCUUCUUCGCUCUCAAUCUUUCUCAGCAAGCAGCUUUCUCGUAACUAAAUCUUUCCCCUCUACCCUUGCACAUGGCUUCUAUUUACUGCCUUGCCACUUUCUUACUCUUCUGUUUCAUCCACCUUUCAUCCUCCGAGUUAGUUCAAGAGCAACCUCUCGUUUUAAAGUACCAUAACGGUCCACUCCUAAAAGGUAAAAUCACCGUUAAUUUUAUCUGGUACGGGAAGUUUACUCCCAUCCAACGGUCCAUAAUCGUCGAUUUUGUCAACUCUUUGAGUACCGACAAGACCACACUGCCUUCCUCAUCAUCGUGGUGGAAAACAACUGAGAAAUACAAGGGAGGUGCAUCCAACUUAGGUGUAGGCAAACAAAUACUCCUCGAAAAUUACCCACUCGGUAAAAUCCUUAAAAACCCUCAUUUACCAGCCUUGGCCAGCAAAUUUAAUGGCGUCAAUACCAUUAACAUCAUUCUAACGGCCAAAGACGUCUCCGUGGAAGGCUUUUGCAUGAGGUGCGGGACUCACGGGUCAACGCGGGUUGGCCGAGGCCCGAUUCGUGGAACCUAUAUCUGGGUUGGGAACUCCGAGACUCAGUGUCCUGGUCAAUGCGCCUGGCCGUUUCACCAGCCUAUUUACGGUCCCCAAACUCCACCUUUAGUUGCCCCCAACGGAGACGUUGGAGUUGACGGAAUGAUCAUUAACUUGGCAACCCUCCUGGCUAACACAGUUACCAAUCCCUUUAAUAACGGGUAUUUCCAGGGGCCAGCAAACGCACCGUUAGAAGCGGUUUCAGCUUGCACGGGGAUAUUCGGGUCGGGUUCGUAUCCGGGAUACCCAGGUAAUCUCCUGGUGGAGAAGAGUACCGGGGCGAGCUACAAUGCAAACGGGAUUAACGGAAGGAAAUACUUGUUGCCUGCCAUGUGGGAUCCACAGACAUCAACCUGCAAGACGAUUGUGUGAUGGGGCACGUGGCGGAAAUCAGUGAUGAGGAGCGAUGAUUGUAAUCGUGGCAUUGAUAUGUAGAUAUUUGAGAAUGGUGUAUGGGCGGAGGGGGGAGGGGGGAGGGGGGAGGGGGGAGGUAGGGACCUUAGGUUGUUGUCGUUUUGCGUGACGUGUAAAUUCUAGUUUGGUAUGAAAAAAGAAAAUCAAAAUGAUGGGGGGAGGGAAAUGUGAAUGUGAGAUAAUAAUGAGAAGCAAUAGAAAUAUAUGUUAAAGAAGUGAAAAGUAAAUUUUACUUGUUGGGUUAUUUUUGUUCUUA